UGGGACUGGAUGGGCCGAAAGUGGAGGAUGAACAGCGGGAAGGUCUGAAAGGCAGGCAGUCGGACCUGGCGAAGGAAUGUGUCUAGUUGGGAUUGCCGCUGGCGGGCCAACCCGUCGCCUGUUUUUAAUUCACUUCUCUAUUAAGAACAGCGGAGUCAUUUCCCCACAUUUCCCCGUGUGAGCCUUAGUGAAGUUGGACAGGAAGGGGCGACUGCCCAGGUACAUCCUCCCACACAGCAAGCGUAGUUCUUGUGCGUUUGUUGAAAGGUCAAUGAGUGGUCACUGAAAAUACGGAAAGAAAUGAGGGUGAUUGAUAGACAAAUUAGAGAUAUUCAGAGAGAAGAAGAAAAGGUAAAAAGAUCAAUUAAAGAUGCUGCAAAAAAGGGGCAAAAAGAUGUGUGUAUUAUCCUGGCCAAGGAAAUGAUCCGUUCACGCAAGGCUGUGAGUAAACUGUAUGCUUCCAGGGCCCACAUGAAUUCAGUCCUGAUGGGGAUGAAGAACCAACUAGCUGUCCUGAGAGUAGCUGGUUCCCUGCAAAAGAGCACAGAAGUCAUGAAAGCUAUGCAAAACCUAGUAAAAAUCCCCGAAAUUCAGUCUACAAUGAGAGAGCUGUCCAAAGAAAUGAUGAAGGCAGGUAUCAUAGAAGAAAUGUUAGAGGACACUUUUGAAAGUAUGGAAGACCAAGAAGAAAUGGAAGAAGAAGCAGAGCUAGAGAUUGACAAAAUUUUGUUUGAAAUUACUGCUGGAGCCUUGGGCAAAGCACCAAGUAAGGUUACAGAUGCCCUUCCAGAACAAGAGCCUGAAGGGGCCACAGCAGCUGUUGUAGAUGAUGAAGAGGAAGAUAUUGAAGCUAUGCAGUCAAGAUUAGCUACACUUCGUAGUUAAAAGAAAAGCAGUUGCACAGCUGGAUUCAUCUCGCCAUAGGCAAUUCUGUCAUGCCUUUAUAAUGUAAAUCUUCCUACAGAAGUUUUUCCUGUAUAUAUUCUAUUUUUUGUGCGCUUAUGUUCAGAAAUAUUUUUUUUAACCCUUUUUGCCACAUCAAUGUAUGUCAGGUCAAAACAUCUCUGGCAUAAUAAAGAGAAUCUAGUAUAUUGUCAAACAAAAUAAAAUAUGUAUGAUUUACCUAUGA